CAGACAGGCCUGGCAAAGAAGGAUGGCUCUGUCUGCUGAAGACAAGUGCAACGUGAAAGAAUUCUGGGAAAAACUGGGUGAGAACACACACGUCUAUGGCACUGAAGCCCUGGUGAGGACCUUCCUCUCUUUCCCUGCGACCAAGACCUAUUUCCCCCACUUCGACCACUCCAGCGGCUCCCCCCAGGUCCAAGCUCAUGGCAAGAAGUUGGCUGCCGCGCUAACUUUGGCAGUCAGCCGCCUGGAUGACCUGCCCGAGGCCCUCUCGUCCCUGAGCGAUCUCCACGCCCACAGACUCAAGGUGGAUCCCACCAACUUCAAAUUCCUGUCUCACUGUUUGCUCGUGACCCUGGCUAGGCACCAUCCGGGCAACUUGAACCCCGAGGUGCACGCAUCUCUGGACAAGUUCCUGAGCUACGUGUCCUCGGUGUUGACGUCCAAGUACCGUUAGCUGGU